AUGGAGCAGGCGAAUUCAUCGCAGUCUACUGGACUGGAAAGUCAAUUGCGCAACAUGAUACUUAGUAAUGUGAGCAUGUCUGGGCAAGUCACUCAAGAUAUUCAACCAGGUCGCGGUCGUGGGCGAGGACGGGGCCGGGGCCGAGGCAGAGGCAGAGGGCGUGGAAACUUCCACAAUGGCGCAGAUGGUAAUUAUCAUGAUCACUCUGUCCCAAAUCAAGACCAGGGUCAAAGUCAAGGAUGGCGCGCGAACCCCUCUGUGAAUGGUUCUCUACCCAGGGGAGGUGGACGAGGACACUACCCCAACCAACGGCAUCAGCAGCCCCUAACAAAUUCCUACAACGCGUCACAAAAUGGUCUGGCCCCAGAUAGCCAAUCACAUGCCUCGAAGCCAUUUGGACAACAACAUCAUCAGCAUUGGAACCAGAAUGCAGAUGGUACCCCGCGUGCAUACCCUCCAAGGGUUAUGCAGCGCCCACGAGGAGACGCUCGUCCACAAGGUUCGUAUGCACAUCAUACACAGAUGAAUCAACCUCAGGAGAACCCACAAGCCCAGGUCAAACAUCUAGAUAUGAUUGCGGCAGAAGAGAUCCCCAAGGUUGAGAUGUCCAGGUCUGAGUUGGAGUCCAAAGAAGAAUUCAGACUGCAGUUGGAGACGAUUAUGAAAGAAGCACUCGCCAGGGGAUACUCAGGAGAUAUUGCAACAAUCUCUCUCGUCGGCUUUGGCAGUCUUGCAUCUGGCUUUGGACUCCCCGGCUCAGACAUGGACCUCGCAGUGAUACCAGAUUGGAAGGACCCUGCAAAAGCUCAUGAAGUUGAAAUCGAUCGCUCUAUUCCGCGGUUGUUAGAACGAGCAGUGCUUGAUGCGAAGUUUGGUGGCAGGCUCCUCACGCGGACACGUGUGCCUAUUUUGAAAAUCUGCCAACAUCCUACCGAAAAACUGUACUCAGCUCUUACUGAGGAACGUGGGAAGUGGGACCAACUCCCUGAAGAGGAGAAGUUUCCCUCGGAUCAGCCACAGGAACCACCUAUGAUAGCCAUUCGAAAGCUAAUCAAAGAUUCUGACGAUGAGAUAAAAGCCGCAGCCCACUUGGCGGUAUCUUCUGAUCCAAACUGGAAGGUCAACUGGGGAGAGUUGAUAGAAAGAGCUCAAGUGCUGCGCGAGGCUCAAGAGACGGAGUCCCCCGAGCCUACACCUUCACAAACAGCUGCCAAGCCGGAUGAACCAAUCAACGACAGCGCUGAGAAUAAAGCUAAAAAGGUUCAAAACCAACGCUCCGAUAAGUCUUGGACGCGGGAAAAGGUAGUCGGCCCCUUGGAUUUCCCUAAGGAUGGUUGCGGUAUCCAAUGCGACAUCAACUUUGCAAAUCCACUCGGCAUCCACAAUACCCACAUGCUCCGGUGCUACUCUCUAACCGAUCCUCGCGUACGCCCCAUAGUUCUCUUCGUCAAAUCCUGGGCCAAGCGCCGCAAAGUCAAUAGCGCCUAUUCUGGUACCCUCUCCUCGUACGGAUGGGUUCUCAUGGUCCUACACUACCUCGUCAACAUCGCCUCACCACCCGUAUGUCCGAACCUCCAACACGCCGUUCCACUACCCACCGACGGGGCUGCUCUAGAACAAUAUUUCAAAAACACCAAAAUCUCCGGCUACGAAGUUCGUUUCUGGCGCAACGAAGAAGAAAUCAUCAAAGCAGCACAAGAAGGCCGUCUAACACAAAACACGCAAUCAAUCGGCGCCCUUCUCCGCGGCUUCUUCCAGUACUUUGCUGCGCUAUCUGGCUAUGGAUACCCGAGACCACCUCAGUUCCACUGGACAAACGAAGUCCUUUCGCUCCGCACGCCCGGCGGUAUCGUGACGAAGCAGAGCAAAGGCUGGGUUAGCGCAACGACGAAGAUUACAGCUGAGAAAAAGGUUACGAAUCGAUACCUUUUUGCUAUCGAGGAUCCGUUUGAGACUGACCACAACGUCGCGAGGACGGUGACGCAUCGAGGUAUCGUGGCUAUCCGGGAUGAGUUCCGUAGGGCGUGGAGGAUCCUCAGGGUUAUGGGUACAGAGAGAGAGCCUGAGGGAGGGCUCUUUGAUGAGAUUGUUGAGGAGCCCGCUCCAUCUGAUAUGAAGCCUGAGGAGGCACCAAAGAGUGCUGUAGAAGCUUAG